CAACACCUAUUCGUCACCGAACGGUCCAGACCUCCGCGACCCCUUAUUACUGCAUCCGUCCAAAUCCCGAAACUAGUCAUCGCGAGAACCUAGUCUCCUUUCACCGCAUCUUUUUCGUUCGUUCCGAGCUCCGAAAAGCGCGUCCUCCUCCGCAUUCCAGCUCUGCUGGGCAACAGUGCAUAUUUUACUACUUCAAACCACACCCACACCCACACCCGCACCCACAUCCAGAUUACAUAAUGGCCGACCGUGGUCACUACCGCGGUGGCCGAGGAGGCGGCGGACAUCCCCGCGGAGCGCGGGGCGGGCGAGGCGGAGGGCGAGGUGGACACGGAGCUGACUCGGGUGCUAGCGGCGGUGCACCGCAGGAACGGGAACGCCCAAAGAAAGAGAACAUCCUCGAUCUAAGCAAAUACGUAGAUAAGAGGAUCACCGUCAAAUUUAACGGUGGCCGAGAAGUCACCGGUACACUCAAGGGCUACGAUGCGCUUAUGAACUUGGUCCUCGACGACGUGCAAGAAGUUAUGCGAGAUGAUGACGGGAAAGAGGCGACUCGAUCGCUAGGCCUAGUAGUCGCCCGAGGUACUUUGCUGGUAGUCAUCAGUCCAGUAGAUGGGAGCGAGGAGAUUGAGAAUCCCUUCGGGCAACAAGCGGAAGAUUAGAGCCCUGAAGACUUGCGGCUCAGCUAGUAUGAGGCCAGGAUAACGAAAACUGGCGGCAUCUCUAAAUGUCCCCUAG